AUGAGUGAAUCGUUAAAUUUUAACCUAAAGUUAUAUAGAGAAAGAUUGGUUGAUAAAUAUUCAAAGUCUCCUGUUUAAACAAGAUUUGAUUAAUCAAUAAACGGUGUUGAAAGUCAAAGAAAAACUCCAAUUAAAAAAGACAUAUCCAAGUAUUUAUAAGUUGAAUAAUCAGUGCUCCUUCAUUGAGCAAUUUAGUAAAUAAAUUGUAGGAAUACAGUAGUAAGAAAGCAAAAUAAAAUGAUUCUUUUUUAUUUAAGUCAGAUAAGAAUAAUCAAAAUUCUACUCCAAAUAAAAUCAAUGGAUUACAUUAAAAGUAAAUAUUAUAUAAAUUCUACAUAGAAUAUAAUCAAUAUCUUCAUUAUCACCUCCACCUUAAUAAAAUAACUUAUAACUCCCAAUUAAGGGUCAUUAAUAUUCGAUAACUUAAUUUAGUGGAAUAGUAUCGCCUCAGAAAUCAAGUUUUAUAAAUCCAACUCAUUUUUCCUCAAUUACAGAUAGAUAUGAAUAAUAAGAAUCAAGUAGUGACAUUACAAGUCUUAUUCCUUUGCAUGAGAUAGUUAAUAUGCGAACUAAAUUAGAAAAUGCAAAUAUUAAUGUUGCCAACAUUACAUCAACAUACUUAACAGAAUUUAUUAAGUUAGCAAAUACAAUUCAUUUAUAACUAAAAGUUAAUAAAAAAUAUGGAUGA